GUGUGCCGCUGCACGUCGAGGUCGAGUUUGUCGACGUCUCGGACUGCUCGGCGGUGCCCGAGAUGGCCAUCGACCUCUGGCAGUGCAACUCGACGGGCGUCUACUCGGGCGUCGACGCGCCCGGGCAGGCCGGCGAGGGCACCACCUGGCUCCGGGGCGUGCAGAUGAGCGACCGGGAAGGCGUCGCGAGCUUCGACACCGUGUUCCCGGGCCACUACGCCGGGCGGACGAACCACAUCCACGUGAUGGCAACGCGGGACCCGCGCGUGCUGGACGCGAGCCAGCAGUACGAGGGCGGCGUGCCGACGCACAUUGGGCAGUUCUACUUUGACGAGCGGCUCAUCGAGCUGGUCGAGGCGGUGCAGCCGUACGCGGGCAACGACAAGCCGCGGGUGCGCAACGACCGGGACGGGAUCGCGGUGGCGGCGGCGACGGACGAAAACGACAUCUUUAUGGACUACGUGCUGCUGGGCGACGGCGUGGGCUACGGCAUCCUGGCGUGGAUCACGGUCGGCGUCGACAUGCGGGCGGACCAGAGCGACAGCCUGGCGGUGGCCGCGACCGCGACGCCCGCCCUCUCGACGUCAGGGUCGCCGGGCAGCGGCAGUAGCAGCAGCACGCAGGGCAGCACCAUUGUGACGACCACGCCGACCGGCGGGGCGUUGCGCGCGGUGGCGACGCCGUUUCUUCUCGGCUGGCGGCUAUAGUAGCAGUACAAGAACUGGAUUUCCGUCUGGGAUGGUCCGGUUUCGCUGACAUGGUAGCAUUUGACGUGGAAUGUCGUGGUAUGGAUAUACGUAGGAGAGAAUAGGGUCGCACGGACAUGUCCAGAUGGCAGAUGGGCAUGCCAUGCGCAACUGCCAUUACAUCACGUACGUACCUAAGGUACACUAAGUACUCAGCUUCUACUCCUAGGCAACCUUGACCCGUCUGCUUCAUGCCCGCAGCCAACCUCUGGCACGUGGAGCUCUUGGCCAGUUAGUGCUCCCUUUGAUAGACGGCUGUAGUACGAUCCAGAUCGUGUGCCUUGCGUGAGUACGCUACUGCACGAUCUCACUCCCCCGCAUGAACCCCGCUCAUCACACAUAAAAGUACAAUGCCUACCUAC